GUAGGAGGAGGGUUCUGUAUGAGGCUUCUGGGGAAGUGGACUCAGUCGGGUUUCGUCUGGCUCUCACGCCGACGGUUUGCGGCGCUUACGCGGCCAUUCUGGCGCAGACAACUUUGCGCCCCAAUUUCCCCUCCUCCCCCCUCUGUGUGCGCGACUCUUCCACGUCUGGGUGAUGCGCACUGGGAAUAGAUCCACACUUCCUCCCAGCCUCUUCCGCAUAUUGGAUUUCCAUGCAGGCAGAGGCUAACCAGUGAGCUUUCUGGGAAAGGACGUCAACGUUUUUGGAGACUUUUACAACCUGCUCAUACGUGGGAUUUAGGCGUUGAGUGGGUUCGGUUUCGAUGCAGCCCACUUUUGGACGAGGCCGUGCAAAGCAGUGCACACACGGAUACACGAUGCAUUUGAUUUAAGAGCCAAUCUGAUCUAGUCCAAAGUGCCAAAUUAAGCCCAGAUGGCGAACGAGUGUAACCGUACCAUUGUGGAGAAUUACAUCUGCCAUAAACUCUCCAAACGCGGCUACGAGUGGGGGUUCGGUGCCGCUUCGAAUGAAGAUGCUGCUUAUAACGGGCCACUAGUUGCCCCCUCGCCGACUUUGGUGCACCGGUGCCGCGAAGCCAGCGACGGGCCCGACGGCGACGGCACCCCGCGCCUGUGCAAGCGAAGCCCCGGCUCUGAGCCCGACCAGCUCGCCGCCAUCCACAGGGUCCUACGCGAGGCCGGGGACGAACUUGAGAGACUUUAUCAGCCGGACUUCACCGAAAUGUCGCGGCAGCUCUAUCUGUCCUCCACUACGGCCCAGAGGAGGUUCGCCGAGGUGAUCGACGAACUGUUCCGGGACGGCGUCAACUGGGGCCGGAUCAUCGCCUUCUUCGAGUUCGGCGGUACGGUGUGCGUGGAGUGCGCCACCAAGGAGGAGAUGACGUCGCAGGUGGACAACAUCGCCGAGUGGAUGACGGAGUAUUUAAAUGGACCCCUCAACAGCUGGAUACAAGACAACGGGGGCUGGGAUGCCUUUGUGGAGCUGUAUGACCGCCAGAGGGACUCAGUGUUCAGCUGUUCUUGGCCCUCCAUCAAGACCGUCUUCGGCCUAGCCGCUCUGGGUGCGGCAAGCCUCACCAUCGGCGCGUACCUGACGCAGAAGUGAUGCAUCCCUUUUUAGCUUGCAUUUUUCCCCCCCCACUUUGCUUUAAAUGCUCCUCGUCCUUCAUUCAGACCACGCCUCUCCAUCCCUAAAACAAAGAAACAAGGAGAACAAGGCCACCUGCUUGUUUCCUUGUUGUAGCAUGAACAUGAACCUUCCUAGUGUUAGCAUAGACUGUAGUUGCAUGUGUCUUACGGGAGCAGACAUGAUGGUCCCUCCCACCUCCACAGGAGAAGAAGCGAAGCGGCUUGUCCCUGCUUGUUAGGCUGGAGGACCCCGUUUGAACUGUUGACUCCGGUUACCGUCCCUCUGUAACCCCCCCCCAUCCAUCCCUACCGCCAUCCAUCAAAGGACUUCCUGUGAAGAACAGCUGCUCCGAAUGAAUAAUGAACCAGCAUGGUGUGUGUUUGUGUGUGUGUACGUGUGUGUUUGACAGUACACUGUAUGGACUAAAAUAUUGGGACACCUGGCUAUCACAUAUCACGUCAAAAUACAGAAGAACCUCAAAGAUGCCAAACACUAUCCCCAUAGAGAAGGAUGAUACAAUACAUCAAAUACAUCAAUACAUAAAAUAAAACUAAAUCAAACUAAAAUAAAUAAAAAUGACUCACCUUUUGGUGACACUUGAUGGAGGUGUAGUGUUGAAUAAAGGAAGAAAUGUCCAACUGUAAAAAACAAAAUAGUUCACCGCUGAAAAAUGAAAACCGUAUUAAAAUGAAACAAAAACAGUAAAAGUACUCACCCUUUGUUGAUGCAUGAUGGCGCUCACACUGCAACAUUCCUAGCUUUCAGACUCGUGGAAAAAGAAGCAAAACACGGAAAUGUACGCAUUGGUGACAAACACGCUUUGAUAUAAAUAGCAGUGUAUGUCUGGGUAUUUCUGGGACUUUGGUAUUUACCAUUACAUUCUUGAGAUAUUGUUGCCAUAUUGUACUGAACGGCCAGGACAGUCCGUCGCAAUCAUUUGAGUGUAUUCUUCUUCUUCUUCUUUCUCUUUGGGCUUUUCCCUUCAGGGUUCGCCACAGCAAAUCAAUUUGCUCCAUCCAACCAUGUCUUCUGCAUCUGUCUCUCUAACACCAACUACCCUCAUGUCCUCCUUCACUACAUCCAUAAACCUCCUCUUUGGUCUUCUUCUACGCCUCCUACCUGGCAGCAUCCUUCUACCAAUAUAUUCACUCUCUCUCUUCUGGACCCAACCAUCUCCUCUGCCUCUAACAUGUAAUGUCUCUCUGAUGUACUUCUUCCUGAUCCUAUCCAUCCUGGUCACUCCCAAAGAGAAUAACCUCAGCAUCCUCAUUUCUAUCUCAUUUGAGUGUAUUCUUCACAAAUUUGUUGUGCUUUGGAGGUUCCACUGUAGACGAUUAUAAAUUAGGAUAUAAGCGGUAAGGUCACUGUUGUGAUGAUCUCAUGGGUCAUCAACACGAUUCUAGCAUUUAUGGACCGUGCUUGGCUUUGUCUUAAUUCAGGCGUCCCAACUUGUGAUAAAGAGGUGUGUCUUAAUGCUUUUGUCCAUACAGUGUACUACCUGAACGAUGACAAAGACGGUAAACGAGAGAGCGUUAGAAGUAAGUUGAAUAGAGCACAAUGGGGCAUCUCAAGUAGGGAAUUGAACCUUAAAAAGAUGCAUUCCUGGUCAACAUUUAGCAUCCAAUGUUUUGAUUUUCUGGUAUGUGUGUGUUGUCCACCCGUUUGCACCAACUGCCUCACCAAUAACCUCGCUCACUGAGAUCAGGAACGUCACAGAAGCAGUUGAGUUCAAAUUACAAAAAAAAAAAUAUUUUUUUUUAAUUAAAAAAAAGUGUUUCCGGUGCGCCGGAACCUGAGAAGAAGUCCAUCCGCUCCAUUUAUCGAUUUAAUCUUGUUUUAUUGAUGUUUGUCUUGUGUUACAGUCUGACCCAAAAACUGGAAGUGAUUUUUUUGUACAUUUUCUCGUUGUUAACAAAACCUUUGCAUGAGCGAAAGACACUGAUCUUUAACCGAUAUUUAUACAUCAGCAUAGCAUAGGAGAUGAUACGGAAAGAAGAAGAAAAAAAAAAACAUGGACGUAUUUAUUGAGAGGUACCAGUCUGUUUUUGUUUCUAUGGAAUAACACUGUAACAAUAUCAUUUCUGGCUGCUAUUAUAACAAGAAAAACACAAUGUUUUGAAAAGCGUGCUGUCAAUAUUGGCUUGAGGCUGCUAUUCAUUUAAACUGCCACAGUCUAGUCCUAGAUAGCUGCAAACCAAAGUCUUUUUUUUUUCAUGUAAAUCAUGAAAAGUAGCCUAAAAGAGAAAAAGAUGUCGCUUCACUUUGUCUAUGAUAUUACUGUACAUUAAUAUAAUCAGCUUUGUGCUCCUCUGUGCUGUAACUUGUCCAUCAUCUCCUGCUGUGUGUGUAUAUAUGUGUGUGUGAGUGUGAGAGUGUGUGUGUGUGUGCGGUCAGGCACAAUGCAAAAAGCAAGCCACAGCUAAAACAGCAAUACUGAUUUUUUUUUUUUUAAUGAUUUCGAUAUAUUCCUUGUGCAUAUAAAGAAGAAUGUAGGCACUAUGGUUGCUGUACUGUUUUACACCUAUAAUCACAAACCUGUAGCACUUAAAGAGAGGAAAAAAAAUAAGUGAAAUGUCUUUUUUUUUGUUGUUUACUGCUAUAAUCCACGAUAAGCUAGGCCGGGAUCGCAUUGUUCCUAAUAAAACACAUUUGUCAAGUGGC